AUGGCGUCCACGAUGAGGGCCUGGCAGUACAACAGCACCAAAGGCGGCAUCGAGAAGAACCUCCAGAUCAAUGAGGCCGCGCCACAACCAGUGCUUCAUGAUGAACAGAUUCUUGUCCAAGUUCACGCCAUGGCGAUCAACCCUGUCGACCACAAAGUCACUGAAGGCCCAAUGCCUCUGCGGCUUGUAGGCUCAGACAUCACCCCAGGUGCUGACUUUUGCGGCAAAGUCGCCAAAGUAGGCAAGAAAGUCGACGAGUACCAGAUUGGCGAAUUUGUCUUUGGCGCAAAAGUUGGUGCGCUGACGGGAGGAAGCAUGGCGCAAUACGUAGCCGUGGAGAAACAAAUGUUGGCAAGGUUACCAGAAGGCGUGAAGGUCGAAGACGCAGCAGGCGUCGGCAUCGUGGGGCUGACCGAAUACCAAGCCAUCGCGCCAAACGUCAAGAGCGGCGAUAAAGUGUUCAUCAACGGCGGCUCAGGCGGGACCGGUGUGUACGGCAUCCAAAUUGCGAAAGCGCUGGGUUGCCACGUGACGACCACCUGCUCAACCCCCAACGUCGACCUCUGCAAGGGCCUAGGCGCCGACGAAGUCAUCGACUACAAAACCAGCGAUGUAAUCGAAACACUCUCCUCCAAAGGCCAGAUCUACACCCUCGUCGUCGACAACAUCGGCACACCACCCAACCUCUACAAAGCCGCAUCCGCUUUCCUCACUCCAGCCGGCAAGUUCGUGCAGAUCGGCGCGACGAUGAAUGUUGCUAGCAUCAAGAAUGUGGGGUCAAACAUGCUGUUACCCGGAUUUUUGGGCGGUGGCAAGAACAGCUACCAGUUGUUGAUGGCGAAGCCGUCAUCGGAUGCGCUGGGCCAGAUUGGAGGGUGGAUGAAGGAGGGGAAGGUCAAGGCUGUGGUUGAUGAGGUGUUUGAGUGGGAGGAUGCGCCGAAGGCGUUUGAGAAGUUGAAGACGGGGAGGGCGAGGGGGAAGAUCGUUGUUAGGGUGCCGUUGGAUUUGGAUAAGGCGAAGGAGAAGGCUGAGGGUGGAGAUGCUUGA